AUGUUUCGUAGUGGGCGUUCAACCGAGCGUAGAACCCAGGUAGAACAAACAUCCGAAACUUUGCUGGAUCGAGUUCGACGUUCACGAGAUGUUCUGGCCAAUGCAGCUAGUCUGGUUGAAAAUAAAGUGCGUAAUCUUGGAUCGAUUGGUAAACUGAGUAAAAAUAAUCCACCGGAUGAAGCUUUUAUUGAAGCCAACCGACGUGCUCUGAAAUUGCUUGAGACAAAAGCACGUGCCGGGGAAAUGGCUACCAAUCUGCUUGAAAUUAUUGCGGAAUUUUUGGAUACAAUAGAUCGCGGAUUGAAUACCGCGCGAAUGGAACUGCGUAGACUAUCUCGGGAAAACCGAGAACUAAAAGCCAGUAUUGCUUACUGUAUAGAAAAGAUUUAUGACGCCGAAUCACAGUUGGCUUCGGCGACCGAAUCCGGUGCUUACUGGAAAUUUAUGCGUGAAUUACUUCAGUUGGACUAUGAACUCAGUACAGCAGGUGAGGAAUCCGAAUUGUGGAAUGCGCAUGUACCAUAUGAUAAACUAUGGGAUACCGAAUAUGCAGGGUUUGUAUCACACAAAGCGCAAACUGUUUUCGAACUAAUUGAUACGGGCAACAUGAAAGACGUUUCCAAAUUGAUCGACGAAAUUCCAGUACGUGAAGCACAAGAUAAGGCGAGCUAUGCCACCGUACUGCAAAUGAUUGCGCGACGUUGUUAUAAAGAAGAAUAUUUUAAAAUUUGUCUAGAUAUUUUAAAUAAAGCCUUGAGUAUUCGACUUUCCAUGUACGGUUCGAAUCACCCGAUAAUUUCAGCCUCGCUGAAUUGCCUGGCUCUCGUUUAUAGUGGGCUCGGUGAAUUGGACAAGGCAACCAAAAUUGCCGUUGAUGCGAUGGCCAUUAUGGAGAGACAUCCGGAAUUUUCAAAAAACCGAGCUCUAAUGGCUCGGCAAUAUAUGCAAACUGGACAGAUGUUUAUUGCUUGGAAUCACAUCCCGGAAGGGAUUCGAGCCCUGCAAACUGCAGUCGGAAUUUGGGAAGAAUUGCUGCCACGCGAAGAAGAUUCUUGGUGCCAAGCGCUCAACCAGAUGGCUCGUACAUGUAACGACAAUGACUAUCAUGAUGACGCAAUGGGAUUGAGUUGUGAUAUUGUGGAUUAUUUUCAUAUGAAAUUUUUCGGUAGUGUAAGCGAUCGAUAUCCGACCAUAUAUGAGGUGGCUUAUGCACAUGAUUUGGCCUUUCACGAUCCGCAUUCCGUGAAUCUGGACCUCUAUCCGAUCGGUUCACCGAUUCAUCUUAGCCGUGCACAACAGCUGGCUUUGCGUGAAAUCGCGAUCAGUUUUGCCUGUCGCGGUGAGUUGAAAGCGGCCCAAGUAAUCGCAACUUAUUUACAUGCAUGUACCAAGGCCUCGGCAACUGAAUUGGAAACCGCCGUGUGUUUGAGUGCGCAUCUAUUCAGUCGAUCCGAUACCCGUUCCGUACGCUUCGUUACGCCGGAAUUGAGACGGGCGUUUCGUGAUAGAGAUCUGGAGAAGAAAGGGUUAUUGAAAAUUUUGAAGCGGUUUUUUAAAGCCAAACGUUAA